CUGUCAUGAAGGGCAUUUUUGACAUUUCGAUUUUCAUAUAUUUCUUUUGAAUAUCCUUUCAAAAUUAUCAGAUACUGUCGUCUUCUUCGUCUUCUGUCUUCUUUUCUUUUCUUAAAGCGACCGAUUCUAUAGGAGCAGAGAUUUUCUCUGUCUAGAAAGAAAUGGCGAGGAGACCGGACGAGGAAUACGAUUACCUUUUCAAGGUCGUAUUAAUCGGCGAUUCCGGAGUAGGAAAAUCCAAUCUUCUUUCCAGAUUUACUCGCAACGAGUUCUGUUUGGAGUCUAAGUCCACCAUUGGUGUCGAAUUUGCUACUCGUACUCUUCCAGUUGAAGGAAGGACUGUCAAAGCUCAAAUAUGGGACACGGCUGGGCAGGAACGAUACAGAGCAAUAACCAGUGCCUAUUAUAGAGGUGCUCUUGGAGCCCUUCUAGUGUAUGAUGUUACAAAACCAACAACAUUUGAAAAUGUCAGUCGCUGGCUGAAGGAGCUGAGGGACCAUGCGGAUGCCAAUAUUGUGAUCAUGCUAAUUGGGAACAAGACUGAUCUGAAACAUCUCCGAGCGGUGGCUACGGAGGAUGCUCAAAGUUAUGCAGAGAGAGAAGGACUCUCUUUCAUUGAAACAUCUGCUCUUGAAGCAACAAACGUUGAGACGGCUUUCCAGACAAUCCUAUCUGAAAUAUACAGGAUAAUUAGUAAGAAAUCACUUUCAUCAGAAGAACCGGCACCUGCCAACAUCAAAGAAGGGCAGACCAUUGUGGUUGGAGGAGCUGAGGGUAAUACUAAGAAACCUUGCUGCUCUUCAUCCUAAUGAUUUGUAUUUACAUCAAUAUUACACUCCCUCCUUGGGUUUAUUGUCUCGGCUUCGAACUAUGUUAUCGGAUUGUUUAUUAUUUCGCAGGAGAUGUCCUACAGGUUUUUAUGCUUUUGAUGUUAUAUCUUGAUAUUUUAUUUUGCUUCAAUACAUUUUUGCCA